CACACACACACACACACACACACAGAUAAAUUCAAGUGAACGCCUCUCCUAUGGCUGCUGCGGCCACUCCUCCUGGAACAACAGCACUCUGUUUUCCAACGCCGUUAAAUGACACAAUAACGACUGGAAAGUGAUGUACAACGACUUUAAAGGACUCCAGCUGAUCUGCAACUUCAUGCAGGAGGCGUCUGUCCGCUGCGGCGUCCACACAAUCCGAAGCGCUGGGACUCGAGAAAUCUGCAGGAAUAAAACGCGCCUCCUUCAAGCAGCUGUGUAUUGAUACACGCACGCGAAUCGCCUAACUUUAUAUAUGGAUUAUUCGAGCGCUCAGACCCUUUGAAUGGAUGUUUUUAUCUUUAAACAGUGAUCUGAAAGCUAAAAUCAUCGCUGCAUCUUAAAAGCCAUUAAUUUUGUACUUAAGCUCUCCGGGACACACGAUCCUUGCGAUACUUUUGACUUAAGCGUGGGUGAUGUUUCCAGCUGCUUCCACGCAAUACUAACCCGUGCAUGUAUGUGAUUAGAAAUUUAGCAGUAUAAAGGCACUGAGUUGUUGCAUAAAGCAACUAAAGUCUUUGUCCCGGAGCCCUCGGAGAGAUGGAGGGACAGGAUGGCAAAGGGAAUAAUGACAGUAAUCAAAAGGCAGACAAAAGGUUUGCGCUCUGUUACAUGGGCUGGUCGUCUCUGGACAGGCGCACCACGCUGCCCAUGCUGCCCUGGCUGGUGGCGGAGAUCCGGAGGAAAAGUGAGAAGAACGAGUCCGGUCCCGCACAGGCCAGAGAAGUUCAGCUGUAUCUCUCGCCUCCUCUGAUCCGCUGCGUGCCAGCAAACAGCAGCAACCUCUCCGUGUUCAUAUUCGAGCACAAAGCACAGUUUAUCUCCAGGUUUAUCCACAAUAGCCACGACUUGUCUUAUUUUGCCUACCUUAUCAGAAGUCAACCCGAUAACCCCGAGUCUGAGAUGGCAUGCCAUGUGUUCAAAGCAUGUGAUCCAAACCAGGUGCCUGAGGUUAUUAGCAGCAUUAGACAGGUGUCCAAGGCUGCUCUAAAGGAGGAAAGCAAGCCCAAGCAAGAGAGUGACGAGUCUUUCUACAACUCCCAGAAAUUCGAAGUGCUUUACUGCGGAAAAGUGACAGUCAACCACAAGAAAGCCCCUUCCACUCUGAUUGACGACUGCAUUGACAAAUUCCGCCAACAUGAGAUUGAACGUAAGCGUCUGCGGCUCCUCAAUGGCCAGCGCAGCUCCACCGAGGCCCCUGUGGAGUUCAUUGUGGGUGACAACCCUCUAAGCUCCUCCCUUUGUGAAGUCGAUGAACCUGAGCCCAACCUAAAUGAGGAAGAACUGUCUAAGGUGGGCAAUGGGAAUCUGGACAUGACUAGCUCAUCCAGUACGGGCAGCCUACUGGGGUCCUUUGAAUGUAUCUUGGAGGACUCAGGUUUUGGGGAGCAGCAGGAGAUUCGUACACGCUGUAAUAGCCUGGCGGGCGGCCUACAGAAAAGGCCCAGAGAGGUUGGCAAGGGGUCUACACGUAGGAGACACGCUAGUGCGCCCAAUAACGUGCAGCCGUCUGAUGCUGACAAGAAUCGCACAAUGCUAUUCCAGGUACUACAUGCAGAAACACGCUUACCUCUCAAUUUUAAGGACAUCUCGUCCUGUUCACAGGGUGUUAAACAGACAGAUCACUUUGGCUUUAUUUGUCGGGAUGUGGUGGAGUCUGGCCCAGCCCAGUACGUGUGUUAUGUGUUCCAGUGCGCUAGUGAGUCUCUGGUGGAUGAAGUAAUGCUCACAAUGAAACAAGCUUUUACCACAGCAGCAGCUCUGCAGAGCUCCAAGAACCAAAUCAAACUGUGCGAAGCUUGUCCAAUGCAUGACUUGCACAAGCUCUGUGAGAGAAUAGAAGGUUUGUAUCCUCCCAGGGCGAAACUAGCCAUUCAGAAGUACCUGUCCCAACUGAGCGACAAUGAGCAGGUCAAUAUAUUUGAGCGGGUGCAGAAAAUGAAGCCAGCAUCUGAUCAUGAAGAAAACGAGCUUGUGAUUCUUCACCUCCGACAACUGUGCGAGACCAAGCAGAAGUCUCAUGUUCAUAUUGGAGAGGUCCCACAGAAUGCUUCUGGCAGCACCGUGACCUCUGAUAACUCCAUUGCGGGCCGCAAUAAACUGGACGUGUUGAAGAACAAAGCCCGGAGUUCUCUGACAAGCUCCCUGGAGAACAUCUUCUCAAGGGGGGCCAACCGUAUGCGAAUGCGUCUCGGCAGCAUGGGAAGUUUUGACCGCCAGAGCGACUCCCCUGGUGACUCCCCACCUGGGACUCCACCCAGUUACACUGAGGAGGACCCAGAUGCCCCACAGUUCCGUCGCCGGGCACACACCUUCAGCCACCCGCCCAUCAAAAAGAAAAUCUCCUUCACUGAGGUUUCCUCCCAGGCCUGUAAAGCUCCGCUGCGCCGACAGCAGUCAUUGGCCCCUGAGCUGCUGCAGAACAGCACCGUUGGUUACACGAGAGUGCGCAGUGUCUCUGAGAGCGAGUCCUACUUCAGUCUCUCAUCCUCCUUCCACACCCCCACUUUCCUGAAAACCUUUUACCAGGGCUCCCUCGGCUCACUGGCCUCCCUGUCGGACAGCGGGAGUCUUAAGAGUGGUAAUGGAGAGGGCAGGAAGAGGUCUCUAUCAGGCUGUAGCACCGAUUCUUUGACCUUGGUGUCUCCACGCAGAGUUUCUUGGCGCCAGAAGAUUUUCCUAAGGGUGGCGUCACCCAUGAACAAACCCUCUGCUUCUAUGCAACACGUGGACCACAUGGAUGGCCGGGAGCUGCUGCCACUUUCUCCUCGGGCUUUGAACCAGGAUCAAGAUCCUCAGGUCAGCCCCCUGUCCCCAGAGCAGGGCUUUGGUGGAGAGAAGGGCCGGCGCAGUCCAGCUGACUACAGGGCCCUGUGGAAGAAAGCCAUCCACCAACAGAUUUUGCUCAUCCGCAUGGAGAAAGAGAACCAGCGCCUGGAGGCCAGCCGUGAUGAAUUGCACAUUCGUAAAAUGAAGCUGGACUACCAGGAAGUGUGUCCGUGCUCAAAAGAGGUGCAGGCCCUUUGGGACAGGAAGUUGAGUAGUCCCUGCCGUACUAAAGUACAGUGGGACAAAGAAGAGAUCCACAGUGCUGUAUGCCAAGGUGUCCCCAAAAGUCGGCGAGGUGAAGUGUGGCUCCUGCUCUCUCAGCAAUAUCGUUUGCGUCACCGUCUGCCGCAGCGGCAGCAGCCCCCUGAAACCCCUUAUCAGGAUCUCCUCAAACAGCUCACAGCACAGCAACACGCCAUUCUGGUCGACCUCGGCCGGACAUUCCCAACACACCAGUAUUUCAGCACUCAGCUGGGAGCUGGACAGCUAUCUCUGUACAAUCUCCUGAAGGCCUACUCCCUGCUGGACACGGAGGUGGGCUACUGCCAGGGGAUCAGUUUUGUGGCCGGUUUGCUGCUUUUGCACAUGAGCGAGGAGCAGGCUUUUGACACUCUCAAGUUCCUCAUGUACGACCUGAGCAUUCGCCGACAGUACCGUCCCGACAUGAUCUCUCUGCAGAUCCAGAUGUACCAGCUGUCCCGACUGUUGCACGACUAUCACCGUAACCUGUACACUCACCUGGAGGAGCACGAGAUCUGUCCCAGUCUGUACGCCGCACCCUGGUUUCUUACUCUCUUCGCCUCUCAGUUCCCGCUCGGCUUUGUUGCCCGUAUAUUUGACCUCCUGUUUGUCCAAGGCACAGAGGUGAUUUUUAAGGUGGCCCUGUGUUUGCUGAGCAGCCACGAGGGAGAGAUACUGGAGUGUGACGGCUUUGAAAGUAUUGUGGACUACCUUAAAUCCACCAUCCCCACCCUCACUCAUAGCCAAAUGGAAGAGAUGAUCACUAAGGCAAUCGAGAUGGACAUCUCCAAGCAGCUGCAUGCGUAUGAAGUGGAGUACCACGUCCUGCAGGAUGAGCUGUCAGACGCUCCUCCACCAUCAGAGGACUCCGAUAGGCUAGAUAAACUGGAGAAAGCUAAUUCCCAGCUCAAGAAACAGAACAUGGACUUACUAGAGAAACUGCAGGCGGCUCGUUUGAAGAUUCAGACACUGGAGAGCAGUGUAGAGAGCUUCCUUUCACGUGAGAGCAAGAUGAAGCACCUGAUCCGUUCUCUGGAACAAGAGAAAGCUUCCUACCAAAAGACCAUUGAGCGCAUGCGUAGCAGUUUGCCAUCGGAUGCCAUGGCUGAUGUGGAGAUGACCCAACUCAAGUCCAGCACCAACGGGAAAGCCAAAGAAACCUGCAAAAAGCCUUGAAUCACCAUCCUACUGACUCAUGCAUCAUAUAGGUACAUCAGUAGGGAAUUAGCCUGCUUCUUCCUCUUUUGUGUUCCCAUCAUGCUUUACCUUUGAUGGCCUAAUUGAGAGACAUGGGAACGUUUGACACCUUGCAGCAUCACAGAGAAAACUUGUAAACAAACGGAAGUGCAUUAAUGUCCACGUGUGAUUAUACACUCACUGUGAAGGUAUUUUUUGACCUGGCACUCCAAACCAGGUGUUUGGAGGAAACCAAAUAUUUACCAGAUCGAACUUUUGCUUAAAGUGCUUUACCUAAAGUGCAGGCAGGAAGUGAAACCAUGUGCUGCUGGGUUUCCUCUGCAACUUACAAACAGUCCUGCUGUCCUGACUUCCCAGUUUGAGCUCAUGGACUUCAAGCGAAUCACUGUCUUAAAACAUGAAGAGUAAUUUGUCUUCAAACCAUCAUCUUUGAUAUUGCACAGUAUUCUGUGUGUGCACUGAAGAAGUGUGCCUGAAGAACGUUGUGUUGGAUACUAUGCCAUAAAAAUGUGCGUGUGCAAUCUUUGAAAUGCAGUGUGUAAUGGUCGCCUGGGCAUAAAAAAAUAAAUCCCACAAUCCUUUGGGGAUUUUACCAUUGUUUGGGUUUCUUUUCAAAUGAUCACUUGUUUUUUGUGUGGCACCAACUGUCCUUGACAUCUGCGCAAAUAUUUUUGCAGUGUAUAAGACUGCAGGGGUCUUGACUCCUCUGUCAUGGAGAGCGGCUCACAAAAGAUCUGUUAUGAUGAUGAGAAUCUGUCAGAACUUAUAUAGAUAUCAAAUGCUAAAAUGCUAUUAUAUUUCAUUCACUUUUUGUCAGACAUUUGUAUUACAUGUUUUAUUUGAUGCUAGUUCAUUUUGGCCUUGGCAUAUAAGCCUAAUAGGACAAAAACAUGUUCAGCUUGAUGCUGGCUAAAUAUGAUUGUACAUAUACCCUUAUAAAAAUGACACUGUAUUGGUCACUCAUCUAACCACAUGAAUGUGAAGCUAAAGCAGGAAUAUCUACUUGAACACUCAUUCUUGUUUGUCUGUUUUCAUAUGAUCCACAUUUGUCUUGACUACACCGAUCAGAACCUGCUUCGUUUUGACAGUUUAAUGAAUGAAUCACAAUUGUAGUAAGAUGAUAAACUCUAAUGUAAGUGUUGUUAAAUGUAAGCAAGAGCCUCUUCCUGCUAUUCUAUGUUCGAGUGAACAUAAUAUGGCAAAAAGUGACAUUAAGAAGUGUUAGUGCUGACCUGCUGGGUAUUUUAACUGAUCAACUUUCUUUUAGAUAUUGUUUUUUGGAAUCAUUUUCUUUUUCAGAAAUACAUCUUUGACAUUGCAAAUUGAAAAGACUUGCAUAUCUUUGGAAGAGUCAAAACAUAUGUGCACGUUUAAUCAAGGGCCACAAAUACUGUACAUCACCUGUUCAGAGGAGGUACAUUCUAGCACCACACAGAAAGUUUAACAAUGUGAAGGAUGGGGACAAAUGAUUCAUCGUGCAAGAACAAGGUCACAUUGUCCAACUUUUCAAUUUUUCUCAAUGCUAUAAUAAAAUAGGAUGUCUUCAUACAAAAAAAAAAACACAUAAAGCAAAUGGUCUGAUGAUGUGUUUGAUACAUCAGUCAUUCUUUUUCAUACUAUGUUCAGUGUGCCAAAACUUGUUGAUCAUUAUGUCACGUUUCCAUUGUUACAUGCCACCGAAGUUUUGUUGGACUACAUUUAUUUCGGAUACAGCUUUGUUUGCAAUGAAUCUUUGGUCACCAUUAAAAGUGUGUGUGUGUGUGCAUUGUGCAAACAAUGUCUUGAUUGUUUCUUUCUGAUUUUGGCUGAGUUGUCAGUCCUCUAUACUCCAUUAAAAUCAACUUUUUAUACCUCA